AUGUCAGAGGCCUUCGACAUCCCUCGUUCCACAUGCAACAAUUUGGUCCACUGGAUCAGCAGCGACAUUCAGCAAGUUUUCUGGAGAUUCAUCCGUUUGCCCAACAGGGAUGAGCUGGAGGAAAUCGGGGCUGGGUUCCAGCAGUUGGCUGGUCACCCAGCUUUCUGCGAAGUGGCAGGAAGCAUCGACGGAUGUCAUUUUCGCAUCAUGCCCCCUGGACAAUUUGGAGCAGACUUUUUUAACAGAAAACUGUUCCACCCUGUCCAGUUUCAGGCCAUUGUGGACCACAAAGGAAGCUUCCUGGAUGUGCAUGUCAGUUUCCCUGGCUCCGUGCAAGAUUCGCGGGUCCUCAGGUGCAGCCCUGUGUACGUGCACCAGCUGUACCCUCAUCCAGGAUGAUGCCUGUUAGGGGAUGGGGGUUAUUCCUGCAUUUCUGAACCGCUUACCCUCAUCACCCCAUUCAGGGAGCAUUUGAGGAAUCCCACCCAAGAGAGGUUCAGUGCCAGGCAUUCUUGGGCCAGGAGUGUGGUGGAGAGGGCAUUUGGAGUACUGAAAACCAGGUGGCGCUCUAUAUUUCUCAAGGCCCUGGAGGUGAAGGUUGACUUCGUUUCAGAGGUCAUUGUGGACUGCCUUUUCCUCCACAACCUCUGCCUCGGGCACAGGGACGUUUGGAGCCAGGGGACAGUGAAGAGGUUGAUGGGGAUGAAAACUGUGUGGCAGCAGCUCAUGACCCGGCACAACAGACUGGUGACGCCCUCAGGGAUCGGAUGGCAGCAACAAUAUCAGUUCCUGAGGAGCAGAUCCGUGCACUGA